AUGUACACCGCGAUCAAACCCUCCACGCGUUCAACAGUUAAUGCUUCACCGAAGAAUUCAGAGACGUCUUUGGUGGAGGAGAGCAUAGAGAGGGAGGAGGUCAUGAAGAGUAGCAAAGAAUAUAACAAGGAGAAGCCAUUGAGGGAGAGAGUUAGAGCAGCAGCUAGACCAAAAAACGAAAUAAAGGUGAUGAAUGAAGCUCAGAAGGAGUAUGCGUGGGCAGACAAAUACCAACCUCUGUGCUUAGAAGAUUUCAUAUGCAAUAAAGACAAAGCAACUCAGCUGCAGGCUUUGGCCAGAGGAGGAGCAUGUGGGCAUUUCAUCUUUGAAGGACCACCAGGCGUGGGGAAGAGAACGAUGAUCUGGGCUAUGCUUCGCGAGGCGUUUGGACGCGACACAAUACAUGCCAGGGAGGAAUUCAAGGCAUUUAACUUGAAGGGUGAAAUGGUUGGUAGUAUAGAAGUACAUGUAAAGCAAUCCCCUCAACAUGUAGAAGUGAAUCUUUCUGAACUGAAGGGCUAUGAGAAGCAUGUGAUUGUUGAACUCAUGAGGGAAACACAGGACAAGACGACCAACAAAGCUUUGCCCUGCGGCCUCGACAACUGUCGAGCAAUAAUCUUAUAUGAGGCAGACAAGCUAUCUACAGAUGCCCUACUUUAUAUAAAGUGGCUAUUAGAAAGGUAUAAAGGGUGUAAUAAGGUCUUCUUCUGCUGCUCUGAUGUCUCAAAGCUUCAGGCAAUCAAAUCACUUUGCACUGUCGUUGAGCUUUUACCACCUUCAAAGACUGAGACUGUUGCAGUUUUAAAGUUCAUAGCUAAGCAAGAAGGCAUAGAUUUGCCACAUGAAUUGGCUGAAAGGUUUGCUGAAAAUUCUAAGAACAAUUUCUGUCUAGCCAUUCGUUCAUUCGAGGCUACUUGGAAGAAAUGCUAUCCUUUCAAAGAAAAUCAAGUCAUUUUGACAGGUUGGGAAGAUAAUAUUGCAGAUAUUGCCAAGAAUAUGAUCGAAGAGCAAAGCCCAAAACAGUAUGCUCUUUCGACUAGUUGA